AUGGCUCUCCAGCUCCAUGUAGCACAGGCCAGGCUGGGGAUGUGUUCGCCCUGCAGGAGGGGUCUGGAUUUGGGCCAGUUUGUCAACAUGGAGCAGCUUAGCCUAUCCCAGAUCAAACCCAGGAGCAGCGACAGAGUCCGAGGCCCCAUGGUCAGGACCGACUGCUCGGGUUGGCUGCAGAGUUACUGGGCCAGCCAAGCCAAGCAGCUCCUCAUAAGGACUAGCCUACUUUUCUCUUUCUAGUUGUUAGCCUAUAUCACCGACCAUGCUCCGAAACCCCUGUGUGUAGUUAUGUACACUGAACAAAAAUGUAAACGCAACACAAUGCCACAGCUGUCUCAAGUUUUGAGGGAGUGUGCAACUGGCAUGCUGACUGCAGGAGUGUCCACCAGAGCUGUUUCCAGAGAAUUGAAUGUUCAUUUCUCUACCAUUGGAGGCCAACGUUGUUUUAGAGAAUUUGGCAGUACGUCCAACUGGCCUCACAACCGCAGACCACGUGCAACCACACCAGCCCAGGACCUCCACAUCUGACUUCUUCACCUGCGGGAUCAUCAGAGGGGGGAGGGCAGGGUUCUGAGGAGUAUUUCUGUCAGUAAUAAAGCCCUUUUGUGGGGGAAAAACUCAUUCUGAUUGGCUGGGCCUGGCUCCCCAGUGGGUGGACCUGGCUCUCAAGUGUCUGGGCCUUCCAGCCCUUCAAUGGCUGCGCCCCUGCCCAGUCGUGAAAUCCAUAGAUUAGGGCCUAAUGAAAUUAUUUCAAUUGACAGAUUUCCUUAUAUGAACUGUAACUCAGCAAAAUCUUUGAAAUUGUAGCAUGUUGCGUUUUAUAUUUGUGUUCAGCAUAAUAUAAUGAACAAAAAUAUUUGGGUCUUUUUAGUGUCUACAAAGCUGAAGUGUAAUUGAGGCUGCUAUAUGCAGUUAUGUGCUAGCAGGUCACAACCUACUUUAUUGUAAUCUUUCUAGGGAAAGUAAAACCAUGUAAUUUUUACAUUUACGUCAUUUAGCAGACGCUCUUAUCCAGAGCGACUUACAAAUUGGUGCAUUCAACUUAUGAUAGCCAGUGGGACAACCACUUUUUUUUUAUGGGGGGGGGGGGGUGUAGAAUGAUUACUUUUAUACUAUUCCAGGUAUUCCUUAAAGAGGUAGGGUUUCAAGUGUCUCCGGAAGGUGGUCAGUGACUCCGCUCUCCUGGCGUCGUGGGGGAGCUUGUUCCACCAUUGGGGUGCCAGAGCAGCGAAUAGCUUUGACUGGGCUGAGCGGGAACUGUGCUUCCGUAGAGGUAGGGGGGCUAGCAGGCCAGAGGUGGAUGAACGUAGUGCCCUCGUUUGGGUGUAGGGUCUGAUCAGAGCCUGAAGGUAAGGAGGUGCCGUUCCCCUCACAGCUCCGUAGGCAAGCACCAUGGUCUUGUAGUAGAUGCGAGCCUCAACUGGAAGCCAGUGGAGUGUGCGGAGGAGCGGGGUGACAUGAGAGAACUUGGGAAGGUUGAACACCAGACGGGCUGCAGCGUUCUGGAUAAGUUGUAGGGGUUUAAUGGCACAGGCAGGGAGCCCAGCCAACAGCGAGUUGCAGUAAUCCAGACGGGAGAUGACAAGUGCCUGGAUUAGGACCUGUGCCGCUUUCUGUGUAAGGUAGGGUCGUACUCUGCAAAUGUUUUAGAGCAUGAACCUGCAGGAUCGGGUCACCGCUUUGAUGUUAGCGGAGAACGACAGGGUGUUGUCCAGGGUCACGCCAAGGUUCUUUGCACUCUGGGAGGAGGACACAAUGGAGUUGUCAACCGUGAUGGCGAGAUCAUGGAGCGGGCAGUCCUUCCCCGGGAGGAAGAGCAGCUCCGUCUUGCCGAUGUUCAGCUUGAGGUGGUGAUCUGACAUCCACACUGAUAUGUCUGCCAGACAUGGAGAGAUGCGAUUCGCCACCUGGUUAUCAGAAGGGGGAAAGGAGAAAAUUAAUUGUGUGUUGUCUGCGUAGCAAUGAUAGGAGAGACCAUGUGAGGAUAUGACAGAGCCAAGUGACUUGGUGUAUAGAGAGAAUAGGAGAGGGCCUAGAACUGAGCCCUGGGGGACACCAGUGGUGAGAGCACGUGGUGCGGAGACAGAUUUUCGCCACGCCACCUGGUAGGAGCGACCUGUCAGGUAGGAUGCAAUCCAAGAGUGCGCAGCGCCGGAGAUGCCCAAUUCAGAGAGGGUGGAGAGGAGGAUCUGAUGGUUCACAGUAUCAAAGGCAGCAGAUAGGACUAGAAGGAUAAGAGCAGAGGAGAGAUAGGUAGCUUUAGCAGUGCGGCGAGCCUCCGUGACACAGAGAAGAGCAGUCUCAGUUGAAUGACCAGUCUUGAAACCUGACUGGUUUGGAUCAAGAAGGUCAUUCUGAGAGAGAUGGCAGGAGAGUUGGCUAGAGACUGCAUGCUCAAGAGUUUUGGAGAGAAAAGAAAGAAGGGAUACUGGUCUGUAGUUGUUGACAUCGGAGGGAUCGAGUGUAGGUUUUUUGAGGAGGGGUGCAACUCUCGCUCUCUUGAAGACGGAAGGGACAUGGCCAGCGGGAGACUCAUGGGCGGCGCACAAUUGGCCCAGCGUCGUCCAGGGUAGGGGAGGGAAUGGCCGGCAGGGAUGUAGCUCAGUUGAUAGAGCAUGGCGUUUGCAACGCCAGGGUUGUGGGUUCGAUUCCCACGGGGGGCCAGUAUAAAAAAAACAUGUAAUCACUAACUGUAAGUCGCUCUGGAUAAGAGCGUCUGCUAAAUGACUAAAAUGUAAAUGUAAUGAGCGAGGUGAGGUAAGGGAGAAGGUCUCCGGAAAUGGUCUGGAGAAGAGAGGAGGGGAUAGGGUCAAGCGGGCAGGUUGUUGGGCGGCCGGCCGUCACAAGUCGCAAGAUUUCAUCUGGAGAGAGAGGGGAGAAAGAAGUCAAAGCAUAGGGUAGGGCAGUGUGAGCAGGACCAGCGGUGUCAUUUGACUUAAUAAAUGAGGAUCGGAUGUCGUCAACCUUCUUUUCAAAAUGGUUGACGAAGUCAUUCACAGAGAGGGAGGAGGGAGGGGUAAUGAUGGCUCAUUUUCUUUCUGUAAAUGUUACGUCAUUUAUUGUGACCCACUUCUACCAGUAGUAGUGAAGUUUCAGAAAUUCAUUUGAUGAGUAAAAUACAUUUUAAGAUUUCAAGGAAAUAUCUACUCUGAUCAACAGGGUGUGAUGUCAGGGUGUGAUUUGCCUGCUCUUAAUAGUGCAUUUAAAGCAUAUGUUGGUCAUUACCUAGUCCAGUGUAUUCUGUGUGAAGUGAUGUGACUCGUCAGCGAGCGAGGCUGCAUGGUAUUAUUAAUCUUCUCCCAGGCAGACAGGCAGGGGAGGCCCAGACUGAGACUGAGGAGCAGGCCUGAGCAUGCCUACCUGCAGCCUCCAGUCGCUAAAUGGCUCUAAUGAGUUACUGAGCUGAGCUCCACAUGAAGACAGAUCACAUGCACCCCCUAACCCCUCACCCCUGCCCAUACUGGUUAGUGGUUAGAUUGGGGAGUAACUGGUCACUCUGCGCUAGGUUACAUUUUAUAUCAGAGGAGUGGUAGUGUAAAGUCAUACAUGGGAGUCUUGGGGAUGGUGUGUCUUUAUAGAAAAUGAGCAUGUUUUUAACUAGCCCGAGGAUAUGGUGGGGAAACCUCAGUCAUUAAAUAUUCCAACCUGGUCUCAGAGCAUUUUGUAUUAUUCUGUACAUAAAUCCGGAACAUUGUGUUAUGUGACGUUUCGUAUGGUAUGUAUUCAUUUGUGGAUGUCCUUCACCCAUUUCGUAUGAUGUGUUACGAAUUAUAAUUCAUAUUAUAUGUUACGAAUUUGCAAAAAGUACACUAUGUUACGAAUUGCAAAAUGUAUAAUAUGUUAUGAAUUCUAGCUAGGAGGCUAACAUUAGCUAGCUGGCUAACGUUAGCUAGGUUUGGGGUUAGGGUUAAGGCUAGGAGUAAGGUGAAAGGGUUAAGGUUAGGGGAAUGGUUAGCUAAAAGGGUAAGGGGAAGGGCUCGCUAACAUGCUAAGUAGUUGCAAAGUAGCUCAACAGUAGUAAGUAGUUGAAAAGUUGCUAAUUAGCUAAAAUGCUAAAGUUGUCAGUGAUGAGAUUCAAACUCGCAACCUUUGGGUUGCUAGACGUUCGCAUUUUACGCACACCCAUUCACCCCGACUAACCACCGUAACCAUCUGUCUUAUGUAAUCAUACCAAACGAAACAUAUCAUACUUAUUUGAGUGUCCCAGAUUUACAUUUACUAUGUUACGUCUAGUCUAUGAGACCAGGCUGAAUAUUCCAACACACAGGCACACAAACAUAUCACUGUCUAUAGAAUUGCCGGCUUAAGAUCUGCAUGUCAUUCCAAAGAGUAGAUUUAACAGAACAAAUUAAAUGUAACCAUACUUUAAAGUCAUAUAAUCAAUUAUACUAUUUUGGCCUAUAAAGUAUUUGCAAAGUCAUCAACAGCUAUUGUUUCAAUUCAACCCACUCCUAGGGUUAAACUAAAAAUAGACAAUACAUAUAGGCAUAGGGUUUCAAGCUUGGGUUGAUUUCAAAUGUAAUCUUCAAGUGAAUCAUUAAUAUGUUAGAUUCACGUCUCUAUCAACCCAAUAUCAAAGUUAAAGAAUAGGACUAAAUCAAAUCAAACUUUAAAUGCAAAGUUUGAUUUGAUUUAGUCCUAUUCUUUAACACUGAGACCUGGUUUAGAUGGAGACGAGAAUCCAACAUAUAAAUUAUUAAUUUGUAGACAAACUGUAGUUAAAGCCAGACUAAGUCAUUGGCACAAAAGAUGCAUCUCCAUCAAAUGUUGAUAUGUGGUUGUGUUGACAACCAAACACAAUUCAAUAUCACUUUUGCAAUACAGUAAAUAGCCAAAUAACUUGUUGACAAGUUAACAAAUUAUGUUGGAUUCACAUCUCCAACUAAACCAAAAAUAAAAGUUAAAGAAUACGAUUAAGCCGGUGGCUCAGAUAAAACUAUCCAAGCAUUAAAUAUCAUUUAAAUGUUGAUAUUUGGUUGCGUUGUCAACCAAACACAAUUCAAUAUUACUUUUGUAAUACAGUAAAGUUAAGGCUAGCCUACAAACGAAUGUAACAGUAUUUAUUCAACCUUAAAUGAGUAACACAUCCAUGGCCACAUUUUGAGGUUAGCCUACUGUAACUACAGUGUCUUCAGAAAGUAUUCAUACGCUUUGACUUAUUCCACAUUUUGUGUGUUACAGCCUGAAUUCAUUAUUUUGUUUUUGCCUAUACAAUACCCCAUAAUGACAAAGUGAAAACAAGUUUUUAGACAUUUUUGCUAAUUUAAUUGAAAAUGAAAUACAAAAAUAUCUAAUUUACAUAAGUAUUCACACCCCUGAGUCAAUACUUUGUAAAAACACCUUUGGCAGUGAUUACAGCUUUGAGUCUUCUUGGGUAUGUCUGUAUCAGCUUUGCACAUCUGGGUUUGGGGAUUUUCUCCCCUUCUUCCUUGCAGAUUUUCUCAAGCUCUGUUAAGUUAGAUUUAUUUUUAUUUUUUAUUUAACCUUUAUUUAACUAGGCAAGUCAGUUAAGAACAAAUUAUUAUUUACAAUGACGGCUUACCCCGGCCAAACCCGGACGACGCUGGGCCAAUUGUGCUCCGCCCUAUGGGACUCCCAAUCACGGCCGGGUUGGGUUGUGAUACAGCCUGGAAUCGAACCAGGGUCUGUAGUGACGCCUCUAGCACUGAGAUGCUGUGCCUUAGACCGCUGCGCCACUCAGCAAUCUUCAAGUUUGAAUAUUUGAAAGCGCAGUGAUAGCACAUUUAGAUGACAACUAAACCCAAAAUCUGAAAUUGUUUUUCCAUUGGAAUUUUGUUGUGCUUUUAGAUGGUUAAAAGCUUAGUGAUAACACAUUGGGAAUUCAACAAACAAAGGUUGAAAUCUCAUUGAUCAAUGUCUCAACGUGGUGUGCCCAGUGGGGACACAAGAACAGUAUGUAAGUGAGCUAAGAGUUCCUCUCAGUGUGGGUAGGGUUAGGGUAGCACAGUGUGUGCUGUUGAUUUAUUAACACUUGGCUCUGCUGGGGAGGAAGGAAGAGGUUCUUAUGCGGAGCCUAGUCCUAGAGGUGUGGGGGGAGUUCUCUUCUCUGGCUCUGGGCUGUGGUGUCAGGUGAAGCCUGUCCUGUGUGCUGAUAAUGUGUGUAUCUAUUUCAAUUUUCCAUGUUUCCAUGUUGCUAGGCCGUCCAAGCUGUUUCUAUUAAGCCUCUUUCCUAGAAUGCAUUAUGAGUGGCUUUUUGUUAGAUGAACAUUGAAAAGUGGUAGUAGUGGAUGUUCUGCAUUGCCCUUAGUAGUAACUUUCCAUUGACUACGGUGAAUAAGGAGCCUAACCCCCAGCUAAUGAGCUAAAUGUGAGGUGUUUAGUGUAUUUACUGAGUUUAGGUUCUACCCACUGGGGGCACACACUGGUUGAAUCAAUGUUGUUUCCACGUCAUUUCAAUGAAAUUACGUUGAACCAACGUGGAAUAAACGUUGAAUUGACUUCUGUGCCCAGUGGGUAGCCACGAUCUUCCAUUAACUAGAACCCUGAGACGUCCUGUUAAGAAACUGUGUGCAGCUAGCUACUGUUGUUAAUGUUACUGCUUACUGCCAGGGAAGAGCCUAGAGGGUGGACAGGACAGACAGACGGACUUCCUCACCAUGUGAAAAGGACAAACAUUUCGUCCUGUUUUCUCGGUCAUCCUGGGCUCCGUCACUGAAUCACAGAAAAAUAGGAAACAAGUAGUGAGACAGACUGAUUGCCCUUCUGACAGCACUUGCGUAAGCAUAAUAACUGCCAUGCCAGCUAAAUCUAUUUUCUUUUUUUCUGCUGUUCGAACCGCUACUCGCAAAAUGAAUUGUGUAAUACUCACAUGUAGAAAUUAUGAAACGCUAACUAGAGCUAUAAAUGUCUUACAGCAAGAGUGUUCAUUGACCCUUAGUUGCAUAUCUUCCCAGUGAGGUCUUAGUUACCCUGGGCCUGCAUCUCCCUCUGAGUGUGAGGGGGUUGUUUCAUGGCGUGGGGUGAGGUAGGUCUGGCUGCUGCUGGGGUGACUGGGUUCACCAUCCACAGUCUCAGAGCACAAUGGAGAGAGAGGUUAGGAAGUGAACAGAGAAGACCUAGACCAGCUCUGCCUGGUCUGUCUGUCAGUGACUGUACACUCUGGGCCUCCGGCACUAGCAGGAUGUCACCUGGAAAAGAGGAUCGUCCUGAUAUUACAUUUUAAAUUUGAAAUUCUUCCCUUCGUCUGAACCGUAAAUGCUUUUAAAUCGAGAAAGCCCAAAGAUGAAAACGGGACAGCAAUUUCCUGUUGUCUUUUGUGAGAUUCUUCUUCCUUUUUGUUCACUUCCAUGUAUUACAUAAUGUAGGCUAAAGUGGUAUGAUGUCUCAGCAAAUAUGAGAAGACAGAAUCUUAGAACAUCCAUUGAAUGUUGAGGAAUUUGUUGAGUUGGGACCCGAAUACAGACAUUUACAUGUGGCUUUAACCUGUUUAUGACUCCACCCAUAGCGUGAGAAACCCAGCAGCAUUGCCGUUCUUGACACACUCAAAUCAGUGAGCCUGGCACCUGCUACCAUAACCCAUUCAAAGGCACUUAAAUAUUUUGUCAUGCCCAUUCACCCUCUGAAUGACACACAUACACAAUCCAUGUCUCAAGGCUUAAAAUUCCUUAUUUAACCUGUAUCCUCCCCUUCAUCUACACUGAUUUGAAGUGGAUUUAACAGGUGACAUCAUUAAGUGAUCAUAGCUUUCACCUGGUCAGUCUGUCAUGGAAAGAGCAGGUGUUCUUAAUGUUUUGUAUACUCAGUGUAGGCUAUUACUAAAUAAGAAAAUAUGAACAGACUAUGUCAUGUAGCUUGUAAGUGGAGAAUGUUCUGACCUGCUUUUAGAACUAAGUAUCUCUAAUAAGCCUACUCAGGUUACCUUCUGUGACUCUGCAAACUCCGUUCAAUCGUUAAUUUCGCAGAGAGGUAGAUUCAAUUCAUUAAGCACAUCCUGCAGAUAUUGCUUUAUUACAAACUGAAUGAUUAGCCUAUUAUACUAUGCCACGCCACUACAAGUCACCAGGCUAGACAGAGUCUUUGACUCUGUGAAUGUGACAGAACCAAUGUCCUGGCCUUAUGUUUCCAUCCCUAGGAGUGGCUCUAGCACUGACUUUGUUCACUAGCCCGUUCCCAGCUCUGUUUGUGCAGUCUCGCCCGCUCCUAUGGUUGUUGAGUUGGCAAGAUGGCACAAACAGGCAGAUCUGGGACCAGGCUAUCUGCUCCCUGCCUCAACGGAGAUCUCCUUAGCAGCUGUUUCAUCUUGACAACGUCUGGGGUUAUCUGUUCCUCUCUUAUAACUGUAGACUGCCACAUCUGUUGGUAGUCACCCUUAAUGCUUAGGACACUAUCAGUCUUGUUUUUGAUAGCUCUGAAGGAUUUGUUGGGUAUACUAUAUAUAUAUAUUAACUUGUGGGGCCUAGUCUUAUUUAUCAUGUUGAUAUUAUAGACACUUACUGAUUUUGGCCUGUGAUGGAUUGUACAAAUAGAUCAAGCUUGUGAUGACAAUUUAGAAUAAUAGAAUUAGCCUAGCAGGCAGCCUGGGGAGAAAAGGGAUUCCUCAAAGGGAAAAGAAGAGGAUAAUAAACUGAGAGCCCUGACCCAUGCUCUUCCGCUUUGAACACACCGACUGAGUCAUUGCGUUUUGGUACACCAGAAGUACAUUCAUUUCCAAUGGAACGCUGCGUUUGCCUUGCAGCAUUGCGUUGCAGAGGCAGUUGCAGUGCGUUCUGUGUGGUGCAUACAUUGGAUUUAUCGAACAUAUGCGUCAAACUGUAUGCGUAAACGGGUUGACAUAAAUGGUAGCAGAAGGUGAAUGUUGAACUUUUGUUGCACACAUAUCUAGAUGAUGCUGCAUACUAUUUUGCGCAAAGACGCAGUUGGUGUGUUCAAAGCGCUUCCCUGGGUUGAAUGGGGGGAAAAAGAACUGAGACCUUUAAGGGCUCAGCACUUUCACUUAUGUAAAGCAUGGUUUUGUUUCCCCUGUCACAUUCCCCAGACUGGUUUAUUUCUGUGGGGAAACUAGUUGAAGUAGCAGAAAUGAUCCCCUCUUGUCUGUGAGUUGUGGUGCCAGUCAGUGUGACUGGGAGUUACCCCUAGCAGUGGCCCAGUCGGUCUUGCUCCAAACAUUUGUUAUUCACUUGGCAAUUAUACUUCUUUAUAAUUUCUCUGGUCAAAGGGCACUGGCUGACUUGCACAAUGGCCCUGUGGUGUCAGAGUGUGUGUGCAUGUGUGUUCUUUUACUGCCGUUGCUUGUUUUUCCUCUCCCCAUCUCAUGUUUGCUUAUUUCCUAUGAUAAGAAUAAAGGCCGGAAACAAUAUUUAUUCAGCUCCAUGCUGUGUUUAUUUAGGUUAUUCCAAGGAGGGUUCCUAGAGUGAGGGGUGUUAAUGGCCAUGGCAUGGUGGUAGAAUAGACUAAUGCCUGCUGGGACCCAAAUAGAGAUCAGACAAGCAGAACAGCCAUGGGUCUAUAGGUUGGCUACGUCCGGCGGCACUGUUGUUGUUUAUCACCUCUAUUAGACUGGCUUCUGUUAGUCCCUGUAGUAGUUUACCUGCACACUAAACAAGAGAAAUAAGCACAUUCUUGGCAGAAAACCAAGAGUGUCUUCUGUUUUGAAGUAUAUUUGAUCUAGGCGGUAUUCUGGCCAGGUAAUGUCAUAAUUCAUAAAGGACUGAUAACACAGGCCUAUAUCAUAGUUUUUUAAAUUUUGUAAUGAAGAGCUGUAAGGGUUAUUUUUAUCUAUCUGUUAGGAGGACAUUGUCUGUAGAGCUUCCUCUUCCCUCAGUCUCUUCCUGCCCCUCUGUCCUACCUACCAGUGCUCUUCAAUACUGGUCUGGGAGGUGCUACAUGUUUAGAUCAAGCCUUUAGAAAAACCUGUCUAUAGCCAAAAGGCAUUGUAGUUUACUGUACUAUACACUGAGUAUAUAAAACAUUAAGAACAUCUGCUUUUUCCAUGACAUAGACUGACCAGGUGAAUCCAGGUGAAAGCUAUGAUCCCUUAUUGAUGUCACUUGAUAAAUCCACUUCAAUCAGUGUAGAUGAAGAUGGGGAGAUGUUCCUAAUGUUUGAUAUACUCAGUGACUCAUUGACAUUUAGUUCACUCAUCAUCAUACUUUAGGACUGUCAUGUGUAGAUAAAUAUAGCAAUGGAAUAGGAUUAGUCAAAGCUUCGACCAGAGGAUACGUUUGUGCGUUUGUUUCGUUCAAUGAUCUGAGGAGUCCCACCUAAAGGCUACUACAAGCUUCACUCUGUCGAUCUACAUGGGUGAAGUGGGAUUUUUGGAGUAGGGGACACCUUUUGGUAACAUGCUAUCCUCGCCGGUCCCACUCUUAUUCACAAGGGGGUGAUGGCAAAGUUUUUAUUUUUAUUUUUAUUUUCAUUUUGUGAAAGCAAGGAACAGUGGCCUUCCCUUGCUAGUAGUAGCUAGCUAGCUUUAGUCUGGCUAGCUAGCCUUUUUUAGCUUCCCACAUCUCCAUGUGAAAUAAUCAGAUUUAUAAUAAAAAUAUAUGCCCUGGCAAAUAUUCUUAUACUUGCCGGUGCAACCUAAAACAUUAUCCCAGUUCAUGCUGCUUGUGUAUUAAUUCCCAUAUCAGCUAAGAAUAGAACCUCAUCAUGUUUUGGUCCGGCAGAAAAAAGCACAUGGCUAGCUAUUUGGCUACAUCAGGUUCUACCAUUUCACAAUAGCCUGUAAUCACUAGUUAUUACUUCUAAACCAAAUACCCUUUUGGGUGGAUUCUUGUUGUUUGGUUUACUGUUUGAACAGUCGUUGAGAUUAUAUUUGGUUAUCAAUGCAAAAUAGUCUACUUUGAUGAAUAGCCUAUAGAUCAGAUCAAUGAACCAAGCGACAACACUGCCCCCAUAACUGCGGAAGGAAUGAUACAGGGUGUCGCAAUUUUCAGGUAGUAAAAAAGUAUGUCGAAUGCCAGAGCACGUUACUAGGAGCCGCCCCUUUGUGACGAAAAAACGACACUGCAACACUCUGAAUCUUGCAUCUGCGUAGAGCUUGUAGUAAGCUUAAAUCUGUUAGCCCAGAAACUGACUCCAAAGGCCAAUGAAGAAAACUAUCUGAUGUAUGUGUACAUAAGCUUAUAUGCUUAGGUGUGCAUUAACCAAUAUGGCUUGAGCUUUUACUUACUCAUACAUUUUCUUGUUGACAAGAAUUGUUCAUAGUAAUUCAUAAAACCUGUUUUAAAUUGUCUAGCGUGGCAGCCGGAAGAGGGGUGCCUCACUACGCCUCAUGCUCCAGCAACAUUUCCCAUGUAACAACAGUAGUAUGUGUUAUAGAAUUAGGUAUGUGUGAUAGAAUUAGGUAAUCUAAUAGGAUCUCUAUGGUCUGUGUGAACUGUGAAGUGUUGCUGUUAUUGUCUCUGAGCUGUAAUGUAAUACAGUAUGUGCUUUAGGCCUAACUCUCCUAUCUCUCUGUGUGUCUCUCUGUCCUGCAGCGUGGGUGGGCUCCCUCUCCAUGGGGAUGAUUUUCUUCUGUUCUCCCAUCGUCAGCGUCUUCACAGACCUGCUGGGCUGCAGGGUGACAGCUGUGGGCGGAGCCGCCGUGGGCCUGGUGGGACUGCUGGCCAGCUCUUUUGUCACGUCAGUACUUCUAUAGCUACCCUCCUUCAUCAACCAUUCUGAUGUGUUGUGUCGAAAGGCUGUCGGGUGUGAGUGUGGUUGGGACUUCUUUAUACAAAAGUCCUCCCUACGUGUGUGUGUGUGUGAUAACAAGAUAAAGGUCCUACCACAGUUAAGGGUUGGUCUCAGGUCGUCCCUUUCUAAUCAUCUCAUGUGAUGGCAAACUACCAAACUCAACCAUUAAUCUACGUUAAUAUACACACACACAGCAGUACCCUGACUACUCAGAAAUACACUGCACAAUAGCUUCUGUUGACACUUCCAUCACCUAAUAUAGUGUUCAUUAUUGCUUAUAAGAAAACAGGACAUUUAAAAUUUGUAGUGUAUUUGCGAUUUAAAAAGGCUUCUGAAGUUUCCACUUUGAAAUCUGACUUGUUUUUUCCUUACGAAAAAUGUAUUAACCCCUACAAAAUUGUCCAUUAAUUAUAAUCCACAUAAUAAAUAUUUCCUGUUAUUGCUGCAGGAUUAUUUUCCUGCUGUAGCAAACUGGCUCAAAUUAAGAUCCUACAUCUGCAUAUCCAGACUCAUGAUAGUCUAAAAUGAGUGAACAAAGAUCACCAGCGUACAGUAGAAGUAGUGGUGUAAAGUACUUAAGUAAAAAUACUUUAAAGUACUACUUAAGUGGGUUUUUUGGGUAUCUGUACUUUACUAUUUAUAUAUUUUUUUGACUACUUUUACUUUUACUUCACUACAUUCCUAAAGAAAAUGUAGUACUUUUUACUCCAUACAUUUUUCCCUGACACCGAAAAAAACUAGUUACAUUUUGAAUGCUUAGCAGGACAAGAAAAUUGUCCAAUUCACACACUUUUAUCAAGAGAACAUCCCUGGCGGACUCACUAAACACCAUGCUUCGUUUGUAAAUUAUGUCUGAGUGAUGGGAGUGUGCCCCUGGCUAUCAGUAAAAUAAAUAAAUAAACAAGAAUAGUGCCAGCUUUUUCUUAAUAUAAGGAAUUUGAAUGAUUUAUACUUUUACUUUUGAUACUUAGUAUAUUUAAAUCCAAAUACUUUUAGACUUUUACUCCAGUAGUAUUUUACUGGGUGACUUUCACUUUUACUUGAGUCAUUUUCUAUUAAGGUAUCUUUUACUUUUACUUAAGUAUGACAAUUGGGUACUUUUUCCACCACUGAGUAGAAGUACAGUGAAUAACCUGUGUUUUAUCUAGGAUCAGCCCUGUAGUGGCGUGAGAAGUAAGUAAACAUUAGUGCUCUUGUCUUGAUGACUGUAGCACUCUUUGAGAGACCUGCCAUUAGCUCUAGCCUGGUCUGGCCUAGUCUAGAAGCAGCUCCAGCUCGCCCCUGACCUCCCUCGCUGAUCUAUUUAUCCAGGAUUAGCUUUGUGCUAACGGGAACCCUCCUAAAGUCCUACCUGCUGUUGGUUCACAGAGGACUGGGAGGUAAACAAACACACAGGGCUGACAUGACUCAGUCAGCAUAGUGCACACACCCUGGGAGUGAGGCUGUAACUGGGACCCUCUAGGUGUUGGAAGUUUAACCAAGCCAGCAAGUUCACAGCAGCUCAAUCAUCUUCACCCUGGUGUUUGGUUUGUUUUCCAAACUAGACUCAAGUGAGUCAGACGUGAGAACUUGUUUAGCUAGCCCCUCUAUGGAGUGAAGUUCCUCAAACUUUCUUUUUCAUUGUGUGAACUUUAAGCAGCUGUAAACAUAAACAUGACCUCGCAUCCUAUCCGGUGUCUCCUCUCUGACCCCACAGGUCCCUGGGUCCCAUGUACUUCACCUACGGCAUCGUGUUCGCUACGGGCUGUUCCUUCGCCUACCAGCCCAGCCUGGUGAUCCUGGGACACUACUUCAAGAAGCGCCUGGGCCUUGUCAACGGCAUCGUGACGGCCGGCAGCUCUGCCUUCACCGUCACCCUGCCCUUCCUCUUGUCUGGCCUGCUGGAGAAGGUGGGCCUGCAGAACACCAUGAGGGUCCUCAGCAUCCUCAUGUUCAUCCUCAUGCUGGCUGGGUUAACCUAUACUCCCCUGCUGCCCAAGCCUGUCAACAGCAACAAUCCAGGCAGCCGCUUCCCACCCAUGAGCAAGGUAUUCAAUGUCAACAUCUGGAAGUCUCUGGGCUACCGGAUCUGGGCCUUCGGCAUCCCUGCAGCCCUCUACGGAUACUUUGUGCCUUACGUUCACCUGGUGAGUGGUUUUGUUUUUCAUAGGGUGAUCUUUGAUGUGUACUGUAUGUGUGUGUGUGUGUUUGUUUAUUUGUGUUCAUUACUCAGGUCUCUAUGUGUUAAAGGUUACUGACAUGUAGAAAAGAGGUAGAAACACAUUAUAGAGACGUGGCAGUGUGGAACAUGUGGGGUUGAUUUCACAGGAGGUUGGUGGCACCUUAAUUGGGGAGGACGGGCUCGUGGUAAUGGCUGGAGCGGAAUCGGUGGAAUGAUGUCAAAUACAUCAAACACAUGGUUUCCAUGGUUUCCAUGUGGUUGAUGCCAUUCCAUUAGCUCAGUUCCAGACAUUAUUAUGAGCCGUCUUCCCCUCAGCAGUCCCUCCAGCAGACACUAAAUCUAUUUGAUUUAGUGUCCGCUGUCCAUCAUAUUCUUAAUAUCUCCCUCAUAAAACUGUAAGUCGCUCUGGAUAAGAGCGUUUGCUAAAUGACUAAAAUGUCAAUGUAAAUUAUGGGUUUUGGACAUUGGCUCUGGGUAACUCAGUUGGCAGUAAUCGGGGUCAAUAGAUCUCCAAAAACACAUUAGUCAAGUAUUAUUAGUGUGAAAGGUGAGGAGAGGGGGAGCCUACACCUGGACUAUGCAGUGCUGGGCUAAAUACAGUAUUUCUGUGUGUGUGAACUUGAGUUACUGUAUGGACUCAAUGAUCUGUAUGACUGUUUUUUGAGUUUAUUUUGUUUCCUUCCUAUGGCACAAGAGUUGCUUUUAAGCACCUCUCCUGACCUUUUGCCUGUUCCAGAAAUAUUAUUCUCAGUUCAACUUUUUUUUGUUGUUAUAUAUAUAUAUAUAUAUCUCAACAUUUGAAGUGCUGUUAAUUUUUUAUUUAUUUUAUUUAAACCUUUAUUUAACUAGGCAAGUCAGUUAAGAACAAAUUCUUAUUUACAAUGGCGGCCUACACCGGCCAAACCCGGACGACGCUGAGCCAAUUGUGCGCCGCCCUAUGGGACUCCCAAUCACGGCCGGUUGUGAUACAGCCUGGAAUCGAACCGGGGGUCUGUAGUGACGCCUCAAGCACUGUGAUGCAGUGCCUUAGACCGCUGCGCCACUCAGGAGCCCAUAAGCUGGUAUGAAAUAGGCUUAUCAAGCUUAGACACACACAUCAAUUGUUGUUUUUCUGUCAGCUUAUUGAAGAUUUUGUUUCUCUUUUAAAUGGGUGUACAAAUAUAGAAAAUGCAAGCACUGCUUACAUAUCAUACUGGACUGUUAAUCUGUGGUGCCUUUAACACUCUUAGAUAACUGAUGAAUUCUGAACAGUAGCAUAUCAGGCUUAGCCAAUAUUAUACUGUCCACAGCAUAUGUCAAAGAGCAUGAGACUCCCCAGAACUCAGUUAUUCCAGACUGAGUUAUCCUCUAUCUAAAUACAGAAUUUUCACUCCAUUCCUAACAGUUUCUAAAUGUGCUACAAGUUGCUUGGAUGCGUACCAGUUACAGUACUUUAUAGCAAUGCCUUACAGUAGAUGCUUUAGUUGUGUGGAGAGUCAGGCUGGGAGGUUUGAACUGGGGAGAGUAAAGAUAGUCCAGUUUCAGCCAAGGCAAAGUUACAUAAACACAGGUCUUAUUAUUCCAAUGUUGCAUAUACCAUUUAUAGGAUGGACAAAUAUGAUUUAGGAAGAAAACAUCUGAGGAGAGGAGAGGUGUGAGGAGGGGAGAGGAGGGUCUGUCCUAGGGUUCAGUAGGACACUGUUUACUUGGAGGAGAUUACUUUGUUUUUGGAGGUAGGUCACUUUCUCCUGGGGAAGGCACUCUGUGUUUUCCUAACACUUCUCCAGUGUCUGCUACACGGCUGGGACACCGCUGGGCCCUGUCAGUGUCCAUCCCCAGCCCUAUCCCCAUCCCCGGGCCCUGUCAGUGUCCAUCCCCAGCCCUAUCCCCAUCCCCGGGCCCUGUCAGUGUCCAUCCCCAGCCCUAUCCCCAUCCCCGGGCCCUGUCAGUGUCCAUCCCCAGCCCUAUCCCCAUCCCCGGGCCCCAGCCCCUCUGUCACCAGAAACACCAGGAAGACAGGGGAACCCAG